AUGAUUGAAUCAGCUACGAUUAAGUCGAAGCUGAACCAGAUCGACAAGGCCCGAGCUCGCGGAGCUGGAGACCACAUCUCUCUUCCACAGUUGGUCGUCUGUGGUGACCAAUCUGCAGGGAAAAGCUCAGUCCUUGAAGGCAUUACGGAGAUUCCAUUCCCUCGAAAGGAUGGGCUGUGUACCAGGUUUGCUACCGAAAUAGUCCUCCGUCAUUCCCCUGGCGAGAAGACUAUUACUGCAACCAUAAUUCCCCACUCCUCCCGAGAUGAGGCAACAGCAACGCGUCUUCGAAGUUAUAGGAAAAAUCUUCUUGGAUAUAACGAGCUACCCGAUGUCAUUGAAGCUGUUGGAGCUCUUAUGGGGUUAAGGGGCUUCACAGAUGAACAGAAUGCUCCUCCAUUUGCACUGGAUGUUUUGCGAAUUGAAGUCAUUGGCGAAACGGGGCUUCAUCUUACCAUAGUUGACCUGCCAGGGCUUGUGUCUGGUGCGGAGAGUGACGAUAGCUCUGUCGUGGAAAAUCUGGUUGACUCCUACCUUGAGAAUUCACGCACCAUUAUCCUUGCUGUAGUCCCAGCAACAAGUGAUGUGGAAACGCAGCCAAUCAUUCGGGCAGCAAGGCAGUUUGAUAAAGAAGGGGUGAGGACCGUUGGUAUUGUCACCAAAACUGAUCUCAUCAAUGAUGGAACUGAGGAUAGAAUUGCUGCUGUGGCGAAAAACCAUGGCCCUAUCAAACUCAAGCUCGGAUAUUACCUGCUCAAAAACCCGUCUCCAAAGGAGAUCGAAGCUGGGAUGACUACUGAAGACAGGAAAAGAAAGGAGCUCAGCUGGUUUCAGAGACCGGGCUGGAAGAAUCAACAGCUUAACCCGGACAGAGUCGGUAUCGAUGCACUCAAGUCUUCGCUAGAAGUGCUUCUUGCACGUCAUAUCGAAAACGAGUUACCCAAAGUAUGCUCUGAGAUAUUGAAAUUGCUGGAGGAUGCCCAAAAAGAAGUCGAUGAACUUGGUGAAGAACGGCCCAAUACUCAGGCCCAGAGGCUUUUCCUGACCAAAUUAAGCUUGCAAUUUCGGGGGCUUGUACAAGCUGCCGCCGGUGGGACGUACCAAGGCAUGUAUUCGCGAUUUUUCAGCGUGAAGUCUAAAGACAAAUUCGUCAAUCGAAUUCGUGCUAGAAUCCACGAACUUAACACCAUAUUUUCUAAGUUUAUGCGUUCAAAAUCUCAUAAAUAUGACUUAAGGCAGAAAGGGAAGGACAACAAUACCAACAACCAGGACAGUUCUGAUGCAAUGGAGGACGAGAACGAUGAUGAUAUAGCCUUUCCAGUGGAAUGGGGGAAACCAGACACUCUUGACAAUGGAGUUGAUACGUGGAUUCUAACGGCUUACAAAAACUCUCGGGGGUUAGAACUGAGUGGAACAUAUGGCUACACUCUACUGAUGGAGCUCUUCCACACUCAAUCAAGUCGCUGGGAAUCGAUAGCCCGUGGCCACACCAACAAAGUUCACAAAUUGAUAUGCAGCUUUGUUGAGCACUCUCUCAGUUACUCUGUCAAGGAAGAAAAGGUUCGCAGUGAGCUAUGGCGUUCUAUGAAAGCUAUCCUACAGAAGAACUUGGCUGCGGCGCUCACAGAGCUGAACAGCAUCUGUGAGGACGAAAAGAUGCCGCCGAUCACUUACAAUCAUUACUACACGGACAACAUUGAAAAGGCCCGUCACGAUGAGAUGAAGAGUGCGAUUUAUUCUGCCCUUAGUGAAGUUGAUAUGGGCCACGAGGGGGUUAGAUCUAGCUAUUACGAUAGGGGAGAUGAAAGCUGCGAUGAAGAUGAUAGAAAAGCCGCCUACCACAACCGGCUAGGGCUGAUGCUAGAAAGAAAAGUCAUUGUUGAUAUGGACAAACGGGCAUGUGAGGAAGCAAAGACUGCCCUCAAUGCCUACUACAAGGUUGCAAUGAAGACGUUUGUCGACAAUAUCUGCCGCCAGGUGAUCGAACGACAUCUUAUUUCCAAGCUUCCUGCCAUCUUCUCUCCAACGUCUGUUCUGGAGAUGUCUGACCUCGAGGUUGCCCGUAUUGCAGGCGAGCCGGUGGACAGAGCGGGCCGGAGGGCUGAGUUGAUGAACAUGAUCCAGACGCUCAGUGAAUCUCUUGAUGACCUUCAAAACUAG